AUGAUUUCCAAAAUCUCACCGCCUCUGGAGCACAUCAACCUACAGGGAGGAUGGCCUACUCCAAAUCUUCACCCAUCCAAGGCCAUGGGUGCGGCAGUCUCGGCAGUCUUUCGCCAAAAAGACAUCGACAUGCAACUGCGGUACGGCCCUGAAUGCGGCAGUGGCUCGUUUCGGGAAAACAUUGGCAAAUGGCUUACUGAGAUGUAUGCCCCGGCAGUAGGGGCCGUUCCUGCGGAGCGCAUCAUCAUCACCAACGGCGCGUCUAACGGGCUUGCAACUGUCCUGCAGAAGUUUGCGGAUCCCAAAUACACACGCGCUGUAUGGAUGGUCGAGCCCACGUAUUUUCUUGCGUGCCCUAUCUUUAGGGACGCUGGUCUUGCUGGAAAAAUCCAUGGCGUUCCUGAGGGAGAUGACGGAGUUGACCUGGAUUUCUUGCGAAAUGCGCUCCAGGAGGCGGAUGACAAAAGUGAUCCCUUGUUAACCCCCAGCAAGACCCCCGAGGGAGGGUACGGCAAAGUGUAUCGACACACCAUUUACAUGAUUCCCACCUUUUCAAACCCGAGUGGAAAAACCAUGACCUUAGAUACUCCACGGGAGUUGAUUCGCUUAGCUAGACUUCACGACGCACUGGUAGUAUCAGACGACGUUUACGACAUGCUGAGGUGGCCAACUGCGGAAGAUGCCUCAUUGGAUAGCGCGUUUCCUUGCCCACCCAGGCUCGUAGAUGUGGACAGGGAGAUGGAGGGAGCCUCGGCAUUUGGCAACUCUGUGAGCAACGGUUCUUUUUCGAAGAUUGUUGCGCCAGGCGUGAGGGUUGGGUGGCUGGAAGCAACGCCCGCAUUCAUCUCAGCCAUGGGAACUGUGGGUGCCACCGUGUCUGGAGGAAGCCAAGGUCACCUCGCAUCGCUGAUUGUUGAGAAGCUCUUAGCAGAUGGAAUUAUCUCAACCGGAGACUAUAAAGUUGCUGGCGGCUUCUUUCUCUACAUAUCCUUUGCGGGCUGUACGUCGCCUGGGUCUAAAAUCGCCCAAGUUGCUCUUGAGGAGUUUAACCUCAAGAUAGCACCCGGAGCCAUCUUUUCAGUGCCUGAUGACCCAAACAGUACGGAAAGAGGGGAUAACUCGUAUGGGAAUGGCGCCAAAUUGUGUUGGGCCUGGAAUGAAGAAGAAGCUCUCGUUGACGGGAUCAAGCGGCUGGGUGAGGCAAUAAGCCAGGCGGGGAGAAGUUCGUGA